AUGAGCGCAGUUUUAUUCCUCUCCUUUGUGUGUUGCGUUGCGGCACAAGGCAUUGAGCAGCCAAGACAUUUGCAAGCCUCUAAACUGGGUGAUAAUGUCACUAUUGAGUGCUACUUACCCAAUAGAGAUUUUAACAAUAUGAUGUGGUACAAGCAGGAGAUAGGAAUGAAGCUUCAAAUCAUUUCAAAAAGUUACAUUUACAUGAUAAAGGUUAAAUUUACUGAUGGAUAUGAUGAUGGUCGUUUUAAUGUAACUAUAGGCAGAGGCAUUUAUCAUUUACAUAUUUCCUUUACAAAAAAGGAAGAUAUAGCAACAUACUUUUGUGGAUUGAUAACUUUAGGAGAACUGUCUUUCGGACCUGGAACAUUUUUGAUGCUUCACGAAGAGCACAACUCAACAAUGGUUCUUCAGAAGCCUAUUUCAGAUAAAGUUGACAUUGGAGACAACAUUACGCUCACAUGUAUAGUCCAAAUGGUAGAUGAGAAAUGUGAAGGAGGACACCAUGCUUACUGGUUCAGAGAGGCUGCAGAAGAAUCCAGUCCUGGCAUCAUUUACACUGAUGGAGAUGUGAGGAAACAUGGAGAGAUCUGUAAAGAUGAUUCUGCUAAACAAUCCUGUGUUCACACCCUUACAAAGAGGAACCUCAGCCUUUCUGAUGCUGGUACUUAUUACUGUGCUGUUCUCAUGUGCGGAAAGAUCAUGUUUGGAAAUGGAACUAAUCUGGAAUUCAACUCAACGCCCGAUAGCAGGUUGACAAAUCCUUUGUUUCUCCUAUUGGUGUCAUCAAACAUCAUUUCUAUGAUAAUAAUGAUCUUACAUGUGACUGUGCAAUUCAACAGAUCACAUUAUCAAGAGACAGCUGAAGGUAUUCAGGAUGGAGGUACAGAUGUAUUGACUUACACAUCUGUGAGUUUCAUCAGUAAAUCACGGCCUUCUAGAGAUGCUAAACAACACAACAUUUUCCACCAUACCGAUGUCUUUUCACAGAUCAUGUCUGAACAGAAGAAACACUGA